CUAGUCUUUAUGAGCGCGAAUGGGAGGGAGGCCAGGGGGCCCGGGGGGAGGCCGCGCGAGGGGGACGAGGGGGGGUUUUAGGGAGGAAAUGCAAGAGGCCGUCCCGGCCGGACGGACUCCGGAGCGAAGGCAAAAGGCGAAGACAAUUAUUCCCCUUCUUUAUGGAACUCGCUCUCGCGGAUUCCAUUCCCUUGGCUUCCACGGUGCGUGCCGAUUGCAUGGUCGAGAGAAGAGAGAGGAGAGAUCCCGUCGAGUGACAGAGAAAAGUUACAUUUUCCGUGCGGGCUCGCGGCGCAAAUUUCACGGAGGGUGAAUCUCGUACUUCCUGGUGCGUGAAAAGAUUCGUGGCUUUCUAUUUGGUGUGACCCGGCGACUGACUUACCUAGAGCUUCUGGUUCGUUCUCGCGGUUAAAGAUGACACGAGAGGGAAGCAGCGAGGGGCAGAUAAUAGCAGCAGCAGUUUGUUGUUGUUGUUGCUGUUGUUGUUGCAGUUAGUCGGGGCCCUAGGACGGAGAAUGAGUGGAGGAGAUGAGGACCCACCACAGAACAAAACCUGAAGGAAAGCGGUGCGCCAGGAGACGGAGGGGGAGGGUGUCAACAUGGGGGCUUUGAAGACAUAUCUCUUUUGCCGUUUAAUACUCGAGCACUGUGUUCAGUUUGUCACUUUGCCCUACAUUCAAUGUUUCGUGAAAUCAUUGAUUCUUGAUGCAAAUCAUGGACGAAUUCCUUCAGGUCAUCGUUCGCGCCUCGCUUCCGCAUGCGAAAUGAAGUUAAAUGCAUUCCGCUCGUUGAAUGCCUCUCGCUUGCUCGUCUUGAUGGGAAGAGUCAAUCAGCAUCAUCAAUCUUUUGUGCAUCAAAUAUCGCCCCCAGCACUUAUUUCAAAAGCGACGACGACACUGCUGCUCUUCCUCUCGAAAGGGCCAAACCGCUUUGGAAUUUUGACCCGUCGCUCGUUUUCUUGGCACCCUCUUCUUCCUGCAAAGUUCGACACUCGCAAAUCUCCCAUGACAUGGCCUGUCCUUCUCGAGCCUACCGGCCAUGAUGUGCUCUCUCAUUAAGAAGCAGACUCGCAAAGAGCAGAGAAUCGGCUUCUCGGCAUCAGCAUCGUACACUCCACUUACUCCAGACAAACAAAAAACUGAAAGAUCGCCAAGAAAGGAAGUAGAGUGCCAUGCAAGAAACUUUACUCCGUCGUUAGUCCGGUUUAUCGCCACUCGAGCUCGGCCUCCCGGCCGCCGUGGCGACUAUCUUUGAUCUAUCCUGGCGGAGGCCGCACUGUGUGUCACCCGUGGUGGAUCUAGGGUAGCUGGAUUUGGUGUGAGCAGCGACGCAUUUCUCUCCGGCUGCUGCUUUCUUCGAUGGGUUCGGAGCCAGGUCCGGCCAUGUCUCAAGGGGCCUUGUCGUCGUGCCUUUCUUGCUUCGCUCCGAGAAAAGCAGUUUGCCGAGCUUUCUUCGGAGUCACAGCAUUGACUGCGACCUCAAGCGGCGACUCUGUUUUAACCUGAAAAUAUGAGACGAGUUCGUGGCCCGCACUGCUGGAGUGGACAAUUUUUCAAGACAGUUAACGAUAAUUCUGCGUGCCUGCCAGCCUCAAAGUAAGAACAAGAAUUCCAGCCGGAUUUAGAGACCAAACCCUAGACUCGCAGUUGCAACCCUCCCUCGUCUGCAGACAAGCUUGCACUCCUGCCUCUCUGCCUGCCUGCCAGAUCCCUCGACCACUUCCUGACGGGGCUGGCAGACUUCUUUUUCCUGGCGUUCUUUUCUUUCCCUUUCGGUGCUGAGUGGAGAUCCACCUCUUCCACUCUAGAGCUAACUCGAAGCAUGUGAAAUGCGUCGCCAUAGCUAGACCUAAGGCAAGUAAUUUUCAUUUCCCGGUAGAAGGGGACGAAUGCAGGCUUGGACUUGGCUCUGGCUGUCUACGCUCGGGGUAUCGUGACUAGAUUUGUAGCCUCACGGCUUCAAGUCGCGGCAUGGAUGCUCGAGUGUCCUGAGGUCCGAGGGAAGAGCGAGAAGCGAGCGAAGGUCGGAAUCUCAGGGCUUUGCCUUGAGCCGAGCCCACGGUUCAGACAGACACACACACACACCCACAGACAGACAGGACGGAAGAAGGAGAGAAGGAAAGAAAGGCAGAGAAAAAGAGCAGACACACGAGACGGGACGAUCCAAUCGCCAUCCGCACGACAUGAUUGGAACGCACUUGAGUCGCGUCGUCUUCAUGCGCUCGUAUAGAGAGGGAGAGAGAGAGGCGAAGAGGAAUAUCCAAAUGGAUGUACUUUCAUGUUUCCAUGGACGGUAAAUAAAAAAUUCGAGGCCUUCGAUUCGUCUCUUCGUUUCUCGCGGUGUCGCAAAUUCUACGUCCUCGUC